AUGGUUGCGGCCUCCUCAGUAUCGACCCUGAGCGCAGAUACCUCGGCCCAGACAUCUGAACUAGAUCUGAACUUGCAAGCUGGUACACAUCACGGAGUCACUGGUGCCUUGUCGGACUCGAGUGAUUUCCCGGUUGACACGACUAUAGUGGUACGAUCUAUCGCGGUCAUGCAUCUUCCAUUCCGCGUUAGCAACUAUUCGCGCACUAUGAUGAUGAUCAAGGUGAUACCCUCCCUGUCAUCUUACUGCGACCAUGUGGAGCUGAUGCUGACGGCUCCCACGUUCGAACAGAUGCCAGACUCAUCAGAUGAUGAGAAGGUUGUGCUGCGCAGCCACCUGUGCACUGCUCGCUUCCACUUCCGCCAUUAA